GGUGUGUAAACUGUCAAAUGACAAAUGCAAGUUGACUAACGCAAAUCUCGUGUUUACCAUUACCACGAGUUAUAAAACAAAUAUUACUAAUUAAUUUAGAAAAAAAACAUCAUGCUUAGACUGGUUUAAUAUUUUAUUCAUCAAUGAUAAAUUCUCUAUCAAUCAAUAAGUACGAGGCCUUACACUAGGUAUUUUAAAACUUGUCGGUGUUUUGAGACUGAGACCAAGAUGAGAUCCGGAGCACUAUCAUUUAAUAUAAAAAAGGAGUGUAACGUAACAAAAGCACGAAGUGGAGUUAUGAAACUUCCGCAUUAUGAAGUAAAAACACCAGUAUUUAUGCCUGUAGGAACACAAGGUACAAUGAAAGGAUUAUUGCCAGACCAGCUUGAAGAACUAGACUGUGAAAUCAUUUUGGGAAACACAUAUCAUUUAGGUAAUCGUCCUGGUACUGACAUUCUGGAAAAAGUUGGUGGUCUUCAUAAAUUUAUGGGGUGGAACCGAGCACUAUUAACUGACUCUGGUGGAUUUCAAAUGGUAUCUCUCUUAAAAUUAGCUGAAAUAACAGAAGAAGGUGUUAAGUUUAAAUCACCCUAUGAUAAUUCAGAGAUUAUGCUUACACCAGAAAAGUCUAUAGAAAUACAAAAUUGUAUAGGUGCAGACAUAAUAAUGCAGCUAGAUGAUGUUGUCCAAACAACAUUUCAAGAUUAUAAUCGAAUUAAAGAAGCUACAGAGAGAACAAGUCGUUGGCUGGAUAGGUGUAUAAGUGCCCACCAGAGACCAACCGAACAGAGUAUAUUCCCAAUAGUACAGGGUUUACUAAAUAAAGAAUUAAGAGAGCAAAGUGCUGGAGAACAUAUGAAGAAAGAUGUUAAUGGAUUUGCUAUAGGAGGAUUAAGUGGAGGAGAAGCUAAAGAUGACUUCUGGCCAAUGGUGAGCCUCAGUACUGGAAUAUUAGAUAAAAAUCGACCAAGGUACCUCAUGGGAGUGGGGUUGGCGAUUGACCUUGUUGUAUGUGUUGCCCUUGGAGUUGACAUGUUUGAUUGUGUGUUUCCAACUCGCACUGCCAGAUUUGGUUGUGCACUGGUAAAUACGGGACAACUGAAUUUAAAACAAAAGCAGUAUGAAACUGAUCUGAAUCCUAUUGAUAAAGACUGCACAUGCCAGACAUGCAAGAAUUACACCAGAGCAUAUCUCCACUGCAUUGUAACAGUUGAAUCGGUUGCAUGCCACUUGAUAUCUGUCCACAACAUAGCUUUCCAGAUGCAACUAAUGAAAACCAUGAGAGAAAAUAUUGAAAAUGGAACAUUCCCAAUAUUCGUAAAGAAAUUUGUUAGUGAACUGUAUCCAGAUUUAAAAUAUCCUGAUUGGGUAAUAAAUUCACUAAAGUCAGUUGGAAUAAAUUUGUCAUGAAAUA